AAUCUGUGCCUUCUACAGGUUGUGCUGCUCUCUGCCACCAUGCCAUCCGAUGUGUUGGAGGUGACCAAGAAGUUCAUGCGAGAACCCAUUCGCAUCUUGGUGAAGAAAGAAGAGCUUACCCUUGAGGGUAUCAAGCAAUUCUACAUAAAUGUGGAACGAGAGGAGUGGAAGCUGGACACCCUGUGUGAUCUGUAUGAAACACUGACCAUCACCCAGGCAGUCAUCUUCCUCAACACGAGGAGAAAAGUCGACUGGUUGACUGAGAAGAUGCAUGCUAGAGACUUCACAGUCUCUGCUUUGCAUGGCGAUAUGGACCAGAAGGAGCGCGAUGUGAUUAUGAGGGAGUUCAGGUCUGGCUCAAGCAGAGUGUUGAUCACUACUGAUCUUCUGGCUCGUGGGAUUGAUGUCCAGCAGGUUUCCCUGGUCAUUAACUAUGACCUUCCUACAAACCGGGAGAACUACAUUCACAGAAUUGGUCGUGGUGGCCGUUUUGGCAGAAAAGGAGUUGCUAUCAACUUUGUCACUGAGGAGGACAAGAGGAUUCUUCGGGACAUCGAGACAUUUUACAAUACAACCGUGGAGGAGAUGCCCAUGAAUGUGGCUGACCUGAUUUGAGCCCUGAGGGGAGAGAAUUUUUUUUAAACGCAGUGAUAGCGAUUGUCCACUUGCAUUGUGCUUAUUAUUCGAGGGGGAAAACUUCUCAAUGCUAAAACUUGGGUCAGAAUUUUGGUAUGUGUUAAAAGCGAGGUGACUUCUAUGGUGGUCCCUCUCGGACAGUUGUAGAGUCUAACCUCGACAGCUGGUUGGUUGGAGCUACAUAGCCAUGGGGUCUGUAAACAUUAAGGUCCUUAUCAGGUAUUUCUUUCCAUGUUUAAUUAAGAUGUGUGUAUUUGAUGUUCUCCAUCAUUUAGUAACUUACUUGUGGACUAAAAGGUAUAAGUGCUGUAUAAAGUCUGCAAAUUAUGUUAUGCUAACAUAUAUGCGAUGUAUCGUGGGGCUGCUUAAUAGAGGCACUUGUCAUGUUAUACUGUAGAUUCACUUGCUCUUUUGUGAAUGUUAAUUUAAAUGUACUUUAUUUUUAGCCCACUUGCUCUAUCAGAUUUCCUCACUGGCUGGCUGUAUUUUGCUGACAUGUAGUUUUACCCUUACCAGAAUAUAUUGCUACCCCCUCCAACUACUUUUCAGAUUUAUUCCCCAGAAUUGUAUGAAUGUCUUAAUAAACUGAAAUUACUGUAAAACUUG